AUGUCUGAAAACGUGAAUAUUGAUCUAUCGGGAGAAAUAAAUGCCACCGUUGAAAAAAAAGGAUUCCAAAAGUAUGUCAAUGAUAUGGAAUUAUUGCUUCAGCAUGUCCGCAGUGGUGCUGGUCCGGCUCUGGUUAUGGGAGUCCUUGCAUCUCGCAGACCAUGGACACAAUUUGUAGCUACUGAUAACUUUAAGGUACCUCCGUCUAUACCUCGUCUGUCCAGACGUUUCUAUCGAAAUGUGGAAUACUUUCAAGCCAAUUACCUAAUGGUGUUUUUGGGGUUGUUUGCCUAUUGUCUAAUAACCACACCUUUGUUACUUAUUGCAAUGGCUGCCAGUUUUUUUGGAUAUAGAAAAUUAUCUUCAGGACCAAAUACAUGGAAGAUUGGUGGUUGGGAGUUAAGCAAGACGCAGCAAUAUGCAGUUGCCGCAGCAGGGUCUAUGGCGCUUUGCUGGAUAGCUGGAGCAGGGGCUGUACUAUUCUGGGUUUUAGGAGCAACAGUGACAGUAGUAGCGCUUCACGCCAGCUUCUUCGACGCGGAAGUGCUUCCCGCUCCUGACGAUCCAGAACAGUUUCCCAUGAUCGAGCAAGUUUGA